GUCUAUUUAACAAUUGUAAACUUGGCCGUGAAGUGUGUUUUGUUGGCCAGAGAUGGAUUUUCGUUUGUUGGUGAAAAUACUUAGCUUCUUGCUGCUCGCACAGCUGUCGCCAGCACAGCUGCCACAAUCGCCCGCUGCGCCCGCACAGUCAGAUUUGGGCGGCGAGGAGCCGCCGGAGGGCUACUACGCCUUUGUGGAGUCACCAAAUGCAGUGCCACCGCGUGUGCGUCCACCGCCCUACACCUUUGUCAAUGCGGAGUGCAAGGAUGUGGCCGCUGGCAAGAAGUCGGCAGUAUCUGUGCAUAAUAUAUGCGGAGAUUUGAAUAAAGGACAAAUACCCAAGAAUCCACUGGGACAGAAUGUUUUAGGCGAGCCAUAUCCUUUCGAGCUCAUACGCAAUCAGACCUUGAAGUUUCUCUCCAAGACGUUGCCGGUGCUCAAAGCGGACGAUACACUGCCCAAGGUAACACAAAUCAUACGUGACGAGCCCGUGGAGCAGCUGGACAACAACAAUAUUGAUCGUCACUAUGCCACGCGUGUGACGCGCAGUCUUCCAGACGGCGUGCAAAGCAAUGAGUACAGCUACUUUGAUCCUGCGCUGGAUGAGGAGGACCCACAGCAGCAGCAACAGCGCCAGUUGCAGCAACAGCGACGUGAAGCUGAAGAGCGCAAGCCACGUAAAUUUUGCGACGGUGGCGGAGUUUUCUGCACACUCUACCGCGCCAUACAAGGCGACACCAGUGGAGCUACAUCCGCCGCACAGACAGCGGAACGACGUGAAGAGAUUGGUGGCCCCAUACGAUAUGAGGGACCGCCCACGCCUUGCCCGGCCAAGGUGGAGUAUGCUACACCUGUGUUUGCCAAGAACUAUCAAGGCGCCUGGCGCUAUGUCGUACAAAUUCCCUAUGAGGGCUACUUUACCCAGACCGUCGAGGUAACACGCUGCAUACAGGCACGCUGUCAUUAUCUGGAUGGCGGUUGUCUGUCCUCGCCGCGUUGGGUGAGCCUGCUGGUCGCAGAGAUUUUCUAUCCCAAUGCUGAGGAUACAGUACCCAGUAGCAUUAGCAGCAGCAGCAGCACCACUACCCAGCCCCCCUCAGUGCAGGACUUCCAAGCCUAUCAACAGUAUCUGCAGAAACGUGCGGGCGUGGCAAGCGCAUCUGAUGGCACCGCUAGCGUUGCUGCACCACAUGCGCCCGCUACUGACGCUCACUGCGAUGGACACGAUGAGCUGGGCUGCUUCCAGGUGCGGCUCUACUACGACUGGUUCUUAAUACCCGGCUCCUGCAAGUGCUGGCGUCCGGAUUACUUUGCCAAGUAUGUGCGUCGAAAGUCCGUGGCUGAUUUGUAAAUGAGUAACAAACAUAUGGAGGACAUGCCUUCUAGCUUAAGCCUUAGUUUAUAGCAACGGACAUGAAAAGCGCAUUCUAGCGAUCCAUAAGCCUGAGCGGAUGGCGUAGAGUCCGCAUUUCUUGCCAGAGAAAUUACUAAUCUACAUUCAGAGAAAUUUAAAUAUUAAAAUUAAUUUAUUCAUAAUUUAUUCUAGUGC